UCAGAUUCAGAUUGUUGAACUUCAUUUUGAUGCUGCUGCUGUUGAUGAUACUGAUCAGCUUUAGCUUUCUCCAGAUAAGGUUUGAAACCAAUUCGAAGACUCAAGUAACCAAACGCUACUGCUCCUAACACAACUAUCCCUGACCUAAUCGCAUUCAUCUUCAUAUCCGAUCUCGGAAUUCGAGCCAUACCCUCUUCAAAUUAACAACAAAAAUGCAAACUUUUCUCUCUCAAACUCAAAUUAAACAGCCUGUGAGUAUGAAUGUAAAUGGAUUGUUGUUGCAAUUUUGUAUAGUGCUAGAAACGGCGAAAACAAAUAUAAAGUAGCAAACGACAUCGUUUUGAGCAUUUUCCAAAUUGGAACACGUGGACAUGACUCAUGACUCAUACAAAUAGCGAAACUAAAAAAAAAAAAAUUGGAAAAGAGAGAAACUUUCUUAACUGUUCAGAGUUUCUGAGCUUAGUACCUUUCUGGGCUUUUUUCUGGGUUUGGUGAUGUUAAUGAAACAUGUGAUCAUGAAUUGUCAGUUACCUUUGUUGUGUUGUGCAAACAAUUGUAUGCUACUGGCUUCUUCACCUGUUUUCAGAAGACAGCGGUUCUUGGUGAGGUCUUUUGGAGGUAGUGUUGAUCAUUGCAGGAAUUCUGGUUUUGGAAAAAUGAAGUCUGGUCAGGUUUUGUUUGACGCAGAGGACGUUAUUAGAGCAAUUACUCCUGCCCUAGAUCAAAGUAGACAUAAAGGCCAGGCAGGGAACAUAGCUGUUAUUGGAGGGUGCCGCGAAUAUACAGGCGCCCCUUAUUUUGCUGCUAUUUCAGCCUUAAAAAUUGGUGCAGAUUUGUCCCAUGUAUUCUGUACAAAAGACGCUUCUCCUGUCAUUAAAAGCUACAGUCCUGAGUUGAUUGUUCACCCUGUUUUGGAAGAAUCGUAUAAUGUCAGGGACGAGGACAAGAAAAUCAUAUCAAGCAAGGUUCUUGCUGAAGUUGACAAAUGGUUAGAAAGGUUUGACUGUCUAGUCGUUGGUCCAGGCCUUGGAAGAGACCCGUUUCUUCUAGACUGUGUGAGUGAAGUCAUAAGACAUGCAAGACAGUCAAACAUCCCAAUCGUGAUAGAUGGGGAUGGACUUUUUCUUGUAACAAAUCAUCUUGAACUUGUUAGUGGCUAUGCCUUAGCUGUUCUAACCCCAAAUGUCAAUGAAUAUAAGCGGCUUGUACAGAAAGUACUGAAUUCUGAAGUAAAUAACGACGAUGCUUCUCAGCAAGUGCUGUCUCUUGCCAAACAAAUUGGUGGUGUUACUAUCCUAAAAAAGGGAAAAUCCGAUAUAAUAAGCGAUGGUGACACAGUCAAAUCAGUAAGCAUCUAUGGUUCUCCUAGACGCUGUGGUGGCCAGGGUGAUAUCCUUUCUGGAAGUGUUGCUGUCUUUUUGUCAUGGGCACGCCAAUAUAUUGAAGCUGCUGAUCAAGAUUCGAAUCUAAGUUGUAAAAAUCCAACAGUGUUGGGAUCCAUUGCUGGCGCUGCUAUAAUGAGAAAAGCAGCUUCCAUUGCUUUCUCAAAUAAGAAAAGAUCAACUGUCACUGGUGACAUCAUUGAAAGCUUGGGGAAAAGUUUGGAAGAUAUUUGUCCUGCCGGUUCAAGCUCUUUGUGACCUCCAAACACCUGUAUAAGACGUGUUGAGUUGAGUUACUCGUAUGAUUCACCUUAAGAAUUUGUUCUAUUUAAUAAAGGCGGUCUUACUGGUUGUUACAUUCAUUCCCUGAAGUUUUGUUUGUACAAGGUAACUUUGUUUGGUCAUUGCAUGUGAAUGUCUUGGAAGUUUUGAAUGAUGGCCAGUUUAGGAAGACAGUAGAAACUGAGACAUGUGCUCUCAAAAGUCUUUUUCUGUAGCAGGAAUCAAGUUCUUGAUACGCUUUUCUUAAAAUGUUUAAGAAAGUUAUUUCAAAUUAUCAAAUAUUCUUGCACCAUGUUAGGGUUUUUUUUUUUAUAUAUGAAGUGAUCAUGUAACGUCGUACGGUCCAAGAUGUGAGAAACAAUGAGCUGGAGUCAGCCUGAGGUCCAAGACAGAUCAAGCUAUAUUGAACUGUCUAAGUUGAUACUCUAAAUAACAUAGACUUCAAGUGUGUA